AUUGUCAUGAACUUUAAAUGACUGUUAUUUUGUAGUUUAAUCCAGGGUUUUUGUUCCAAUUUUUGUCAAGUUUCUCAUACUUUAAAGUUGAACAGCCGAUCAUAAACUUUUGUUAUUUUGAAUUAAACUUUUGUAAAGAACUGAGAUAGUUUGGUUUGAAAUGUCUUGUUCACUAAUCUGGAGGAGAACAAAAUCCUGGACAAAAUGCAUUGGCAGAGGGUUGCAGAGGUUGAAAAGCUAACCCAAACUGUUUGUGAGCUUGAGGAGGCUGUUUUGGCUGGUGGUGCUGCUGCCAAUGCUGUGCGUGAUUAUCAACGAAAAGUGCAAGAGAUGAAUGAGGAGAGAAAAACUUUAGAACAGGAAGUAGCUUGUGCGAAGGUUACUGCAAAUCGUGUUGCCACUGUAGUUGCAAAUGAGUGGAAAGAUGCCAAUGACAAAGUGAUGCCUGUUAAGCAAUGGCUUGAGGAAAGAAAAAUUUUUCAGGCAUGUUACCCAUUCAAUGCCUCUUUAUCAUGUUCUUCAGAUUUCAUUUCUUCAAAGAAUACCAUGAAUACUGAGCAAGUAUCAUUGCUGGUAGUCACUCUCUAAUGGAUGUUUCUGCUACUGAUAUUCUUGAAACACUUGGUUCUGCUGUUAGUUUGUACUCAAUUAAUAUGUUUAUUUAUACAUUGAUUGAUUGAUCAAAUAAUCCUGUAAUAGGAAGUGUUUGAACUAACAUCAAAAUGUAGUCUUCUUGUAGUGUGCAGGGUUUAUCAUCUAAUAACUGUAAGCGAGCUAGGAUUGUUUCAUGAUGCAUGGAAGAAAGAGGCAUACUACAGUCCAUCCUUGUCUGUUAUGUUUAAUUUUGAUUCUUAGUGCCAACUAUAAAAUAGAAACCAGGAUGUUAAACAGGCUGUUAUCAGAAUAAGACUGGGUGACAUAGUUAGACCAAUAUGGAGUAUAGUGUUUCAAAACACAUACUUGCCAUGGAAAGCUGAAUAUUGUUGUUUUGAAGUACAAUAAAUUAUAAGGUAUUGUGAAGACUAAAUAUAGUUUUUCAUAUAUUUUUAGAGAGAAAUGCAGCAGCUUUGUGAUAAACUGGCAGUAGCUGAGGCUGCUGAGCACACCACAAAGGCAGAAGCACAGCUUAAAA